UGCCUCGCUCCUCCCGUUCCUUUGGUGCUUUAUAAAUGCCGUCACUACACUCUGCAGAGUCUACAAUGUGCUGUCGUAGGGCCAGCAAGCAGUGUUCAAAGAGACAGCCACAGAGAGGAGCAGGCACAGGAGAACGUGCUGGAGGAGACGAACGUUAGAAUCCCGGAGUCCAACGCUGUUGACCUGUUGGGAUCUACGAGCCCGCCCAAAAUGGGCUGCACGACUGGACAUUUUGCUUGCCAGCCACAGCCACAAACUAACUCGGGACAGGAGAGCCAGUCCCUGGAGACUGGCGCUAAAGUCCCUGAAGUACUCUCCUCCCUGGAGCGUUUGUCUCAAGCCACCGGAGGCAUGGAGAAGUCCUGGUACCGCUGCAUAUUUCCUUUUGGGAUCAUCUCUUUGGUCAUUGGGGUGGCAGGAACAGGGGUUACCUACACUUACAACGACCUACCGCAGACUAAAGUGGUGUCGGUGGUCCUCUUAGUGAUGGGCAUUUUGCUCCUGUUGAUGGCUACGGCAUGCUGGACUGCCCACAAGAAGAAAAGAAGGAAAAAGAAGGAAGGGGGUUCAUUCACCUCCGAGCAGUGUCCCCUCUAAAGAAAGAAAGAUCAUGGACACAAGUUAUAGAAUAGGGACAUGGCCAAAGCGUGGAGCUCAUGGUCUGGCUACAAAGUCUUCUCUUUACAUCCUCUCAGUGCCAAAUCCCAUCUGUUCUUUAUCCCAGAGUUAGUCUGGGAACUGAAGGACAGACAGACAUGACACAGAGGAUCUGUUUGGGCUGGACCACACCACUGGAUUGGCAAAGGUGGGUCAACAAUGCUUCACUCACACUUUCUUAUCAUUCGACAGCAGGUGUCCUGUGUCAAAACAACCCCCUGAGAGGGCCCUCACAAAUAUGCGUUGCAGACUGCGUGCAUAUUAACAUGCAUGGAUGGUCCCCUGGAACCCUAUAGCUGGUGGGAGCUCGCAUGGACACCCAACCCGCUAUGCCGAGCUGCUGUUGGAGUCAACACUGCCGUCACUAAGCACGUCAGUCGCAGCAUUCCUGAUACCGGGAUAGGUGACUCUCCAAGAGACCAGAGGUGGGCCAAAGACGGCAACCCGAUACCCAUCCGAAAAAGCAGGACACUCGCGUCAGUGGCCAACGUCAUUGGCUCAUCCUGUGACACUGCAGCAAUGUGUUGGGGGCUUUUUUUACGCAACGGGAUAGUGGAACUUGAGUCCGGCAGGAUCUUACUGGCAUCUGUGUGGGAGAUGAGCUGGACAGAGCCGAAGACCUGCUGGGGAACCGCAAGGUUUUCAAGUGAGCUUAGGGAAACUGGAACUUUGACUUCAACACCAAGAACCUGUGGAUUUGCACAUAUCACCGCGUCUACGCAAGAAAACCUUUUUAGUCAAACUCUAAAAGGGACUUUUGUAGCUUCGAUUCCCUUUUGCGGAAGCAUUUGGGACACUGACUGCUUGCCUUAUUAUCAGUGUGUGAGCAUUCUCGCCUGGCCUCGAGGUCUAUGUGGGGCACCUCAACUCCACACGGGAGAGGCCAGGAUUACUGAAGGACACUGCCCUAGGGGACAUGCCACUGGAGGGACACUGACUGAUCCGGCUCCUCUCCUGCUCCUCUGGCCCCUCCCGCUCGGUGCCUUGAGCAAGCACUCAUGGAAAAAAGCUCUGAAACAUUCCCCCCAUUUCCAUCUGAACUUCUUAGAGUUUACCCCCCCCCACCCCCCGCUCUUUCCCCUGUUUCCAUCUGACACAUAUAACUACCAUUUGUUAUUACCUAGAUUUUACUCAUUUGUUCAUUGUAGCUCAUUCAGUGUAUUUGCCUUUCUUUACCAAAGACGUUUGUGUCACAGAAAUGAUGAUAAAAGCCUUCAUUGGUCUGAAAAUAGAACGUAAGCAGUUAUGACUUUUGUAAAGGCUCUGAGUGACCGGAGUUUCCUUUUCCUGGAUCUUUCUGUCAGAGAGUAACUGAAUGUAACGUGGCUCAUAUCUGUUAUUAGGGGCUUUUUGCUGGUGUGUGGACUCACUGGAUGAGAAACAUUUAAAUAUUGUCUUAAAUUCUCCCUCAAGAGAUUGAGUAUAACUUUAGUUCACAUCAUUAGUCGUUAGCACUCAUGAGUUUUUAAAACCUGUCAUUAAUCAAUGUUCCAUCGAUCAAUAAGUCAAUGUUGAGGAAAACUAGUACGUGCGUGUAGUAACGCACAACUUCAAGGACUGUCACAAGGCCCAGCAUACCAGCUGUGGCAGUUGCAGCAAACACUUGCCUGCCUCCGCUGACACGAGAAGUGUCAAUCAUUUUCACAGUGCGUUUAAUGUCUCACACAGGAUAUUAAAUGUCAACUGUACCCCCUAAUUUUGACAACAGCAACGUAGAGGAAAUCGUGGCAAAGUGGAAGUCUAAAUCAGAUUCUAGAAGUGAAUUCCUUAAGCUUUUAUGUGGGAGCUAGGUGUUUGUGCCGCAGCGAGACUGGGAUCAGCCAACCUUAACGGAACAUAAUUAUCAACGGAGGAUAUGAUGUAUUAUUAGAUGCAGCUUAAAUGAUUUCGCCCGAGCUGAAGUUUGGUCAGUCAACCUUAGGCUUUAGUCUCUAAAAAAGGGAUUUCAUAGAAUAUCUAAAUUUUCAAACACAUGCCCUAGCAGUUAAUUUUUUGUUUUGUUUUCGUCCCAAUUCACUCACUACUCCCUAACCCCCAAAGACUAAAAACCCCAAAUAUGACAUCACCCAUUUGCAGAAAAACCUAAUAAAAAUCUGUCUUCUGAUGAUGAUAACUUUGAUGAUUUAUCACGUACAUUAAUUAUUUUAAAGUAACAAUAUAAAUUUGGCCAUCUAACAAGCAUUAAUACGCUGGUUUUUCGCCUAAACUUCUGAGACAUUUUCAGGGCACUUGAUUUGGAUUUAUUGAUCCGGACACCUUCAAAAAUAGUGAAUGCCCUUUAUAGAUCACUUACUGAUUGGUCCAAGUCAGUCAACGUAUCUAUGGCAACCAAAUUUCGCCAAUCAGGAGUGAUUCGAGAGAAUUUUUCAAAUGUGUUCGAUAUAACUCCACCUACGUUUAUUGAGGCACCUGAUUGGUCAGUUAAUAAUUUGAAUAACUCGCGUUACUGAAACAAUAUUGUGGAAAAAAAUUUAAGAUUUGCUAGAACGUUAAAAAAAAGGUAGUGAAGCAAGAAUAGUUAUUCAGACAAUAUAAGGACUGAGUAAUUGCCGUUUUCUUUUCAAUAGAAGUCUAAGGGAUUUAGACUUUUUUGGCACUUCAUGUUUAGAAUAUAAGGGGAAGGGCCACUCAGUCCAGUUUUCCAUUUCAGACCCAUGUUCUUUUACCACGCCAUAUUUUUAUUGCACCAAACUUAAUAGAAUAAGUGAUGAUUCAAACUUUUAUUUUGUUAUUUUAAGCUUUUAAAAUAAAAGAAAGAGCGAAGAUGAAUGAUUUUAACUGGGGGAUGAGUGCUAGCAACUAUAAACGGAAACACAGACUACUAGUGAGGUACGCGCUCCUACUUUGUUGCCUUGGGUUAUAUGUGUCAAUGCAAAUGUCACAUGUCUGCACACUGACUUUUUUAUGUUAGUGUAGUUACAGUGCUAAUUCUUGAAGCUGUAUCGUGCCAGUAAAGACGUAUAGACACUGACCAGAUAUCAUUUCAUUGAGAUGUAAAGUGAUUUGCCCUCUGCCUUCUGAAUUAUUCAAGGGAAAAUCUACCUCUCUCUGCUGCAGGGAUUUCUUUCCCUCUCUCAGAAGACAGCUUUGCUGUUCGCUUUUGCUGUUUGUCACUCUAGGAAGUGACACAAAAAUAUUUGGUCAUGUGUUGCCUCUAAUAGUUGUAUAUAGUCUUUUUUUAAAUGUGUACUGUAUAUUUUCACUUACAUGUAAAUUGAAGCUACUUAUGUAUGCACUGCAUUUAAUAAAUGUCCUGUGAACACUUUUG